UACAAGUCGGCUCAUUUACAGCAUAAAAGGCCAAGCUUCGAAUAGAACGGUCUCCGCUGAAGUGCUGACUGAAGUGCUAAACUGAGUUUCAGACUUUCAGUCAAAUCCAUUUCUUCGAUGGGAAAAGAAUAGAAACAUGGGUAAAACAGUGAAGCACUCAGAGAUUGAAAUUUGAAGAGAGGUGGAGAGACAGAGUGGGUAAUGGGCCUGGGGAAGGAAAACUAAAGAUGGAAAGCAAAGAAAAAAGUGUGGAGAGAGAAGCCGAAAAGCAAGGAUUAAUGGUGAGAAAGUUGAAACGCCGUAUGUUGGUCGGGAAAAGAGGAGGCCCUUCUACUCCACCACCGACAUGGAGGCUUGAGUUUUCAUCUCACAAGAAUGAUAACGCUACUAAUAUUCGAGAAUUCCUCACCUUUCCCAACCCCGCCGCAUCAAUCUCUGCGAGACAGCUCGGCGCAAACCUCUGGGAGAUACAGCCCCACCGAAACGUCCGCCUCCUACUUGCUAAAAUGAGCAAAGGUGGUGCUGGGCUUCGUUGCCGCCACCACAGGGACAAGGGGUUUGAAUUUUCCAAAGACGUGGUUGACCCUCCUGAUAGCUCCACUGACUCGCCAGCAAGUGCAAGUCACUUGAGGAGGAAUCUUGCUGCAUCAAUUGUGCAAGAGCAUCGACCAGUUCAAAGGAGCAAUCGUGCCCUGCAGCCUGUAUCUCCGGCAAGUUAUGGUAGCUCGUUUGAGGUGGCACGUUAUAAGCCUGCAGUCACUCCCCCAAGUUCUUUGGACUUAAAGUCUAGAAUGGUUGAAUCGGAUUAUGGCAUUAAAACAUCCACUGAGUUACUCAAGGUGCUCAAUCGGAUUUGGAGUCUUGAAGAACAACACGCAUCCAAUAUAUCAUUGAUGAAAGCACUGAAAAUGGAACUAUACCAUUCCAGAGCAAGAAUUCAAGAAUUGCUAGAAGAGAAGGAAUUAGGUAGGCAUGGAAUGGGUGACUUGAUUAAACGAGUAGCAGAGGAUAAACUUGAUCGGAAGAAUAAGGAGCAAGACCGGACCAAAGCUGCGAUUGAAGCAAUAAAAAAUGAGCUAGAAGAUGAGAAGAAGUCAAGAAGGCAUUCAGAAGCCCUGCACCGAAAGCUAGCUCAAGAGCUUUCUGAAUUGAAACCAUCUUUUUCUAAUGCAUUGAGAGAGCUUGAAAGAGAGAGAGAGGCACGGAUUCUGUUGGAAAACUUGUGUGACGAGUUUGCCAAAGGAAUAAGAGAUUAUGAACAAAAACUCCGACCCUUGAACCACAAGACUGAGAAGUAUGGGGUUGGUAGGGAAAACCCUGACAGAUUAAUCCUCCAUAUUUCAGAAGCAUGGCUUGAUGAACGGAUGCAAAUGAAGCUUGUGGAAGCUCAAAAUGAUUUUGCAGAAAAGAGUACCAUCCUGGACAAACUAGGGUCUGAUAUAGAAAGCUUUCUUCAAGCUAAACAGUCCAAUGAAUUAAGGACUAAUGGAAACUUGCCCCCAUUGGGGCCAAAGAACAUUCACCGGCAUUCAUUAGAGUCCUUUCCUUUGAAUGAUACUGUUAGUGCACCCCAAAAAACAGCUGAUGAAGAAGAUUUCUCUACUGUUGAUGAUUCACAUUGCUUUGAACAAAACAAGGGUACCAGUGGAAAGCAAAGCAAAGGCAGCUCAAAACAAAAGGAGAUUAAUGCUUCAGAUAGCCAUCACAAACAGAGAAUGAAAUCAAAUUCUAUGAGAAAACAGGUUGAGAUAGGAGGAGAAAAGCAAAAUGUAUUAAACUAUCCUGAGAAAUCUGGAAUGAGUGAAGCUACCCUGGAAGAUCUACAAGAAAGACCCAGUAAACGAGUAGGGAUUGGUGGACUGAAGUCAGACCAUGUUCUGAAUAACUUGAUUCGAAAUUAUUCCUUGUCCUUGGAGGGUGAGAAGAUUCAUCCCCAAAGUAAUUGCAGAGAAGAUUCAUGUGUUCGGUCGGUAGUAACAAGCAAUGCAAGUCCUGCACAACAAUGGAUGUCAAAGUUAAAAACCCCAGAUUUUGAAAAAUCUGAAUCUUCCCUGAGAUGGCCUCGGGGCGUGAAGGAGAAUACAUUGAUGGCAAAACUACUUGAAGCGAGGUUAGAGGCAAAACAAUCUCAAUCAAAAGCUUCCAAAGGUUCAUUCAACUGAAUGCUGUCCAAGAGAGUCACUGCAACAAGAGGAGCUAGGUGCCACUUUAGAGUGUUGUGCAUGUCGGCACAUCACAGGAACAAGCGGCAGCAGCCCCUAACUCAAAUUGGCAAAGUGCACAAGGUGCUACUUGGAAACUGCAAGAGGUGCAAAAAUCACCACGGUGUUGCGUGAGGCAACAGGCUGCAAUGCCCACAUAAGGUGCUUGAGCACCAAAGGCGCUACAUGCCUUCACUUGAUCCGAGAGGUUUUGCAAACGACCACAUCAGAGAACAAGAAAUUAUGUGCCUCUGUUUCGCCCAGAGAGGCGUGCACUACGAGUGGGCAACGGUUAAAGGUGAGCAUCGACCUAGUUGAAGUCGAAUUCCCAUAAAUCCAACUUUGUCAAAGUUCAAAUCCAAACUCCGACUCGGACUUUGACAUGUGUAGGAUCCGAUUCAACUCCAAUUUCGACCUACACAUAUCUACACAGAAUUCACUUUACUUUAUGGUACGAAACUAGAUAUGAAGUUUGCUUUUAAUACUCUGUUGAUGAGAUCAAAGGCAAUGGUGGUAGCAAUUGUGGAUUUUGUUGAUUCUUCAUCUCCUUGCUUGACACUCUCUUCAAUUGCAGAUCCUGAACCUUGGUCAAGUUACUUUUCUAUCUAGAACUUUUGAAUAACUUGUCAGA